UGCUCGAGGUAAGGAGAAACCGUAGCCUAUUGGUUUGGUAUAAAAGAGUAAGAAGGGGUAAAACCUAGCUGGCUGUCGAUUGAAUUCCCAAAAGCGUGAUCAGCCAAAAAAAUAUGGGAGUGGAGAAGGAAGUGUUAAGGCCCGGAACCGGUCCCAAACCUGUAGCCGGUCAGAACGUCACCGUUCACUGCACUGGUUACGGAAAAAAUGGUGAUCUCUCUCAAAAGUUUUGGAGCACAAAGGAUCCUGGACAGAAGCCAUUCAGCUUCAAAAUCGGCCAAGGUUCUGUUAUUAAAGGAUGGGAUGAAGGCGUGCUGGGAAUGCAAAUGGGAGAAGUUGCUCGUCUGCGGUGCUCUCCGGAUUAUGCUUAUGGUUCUAGUGGGUUUCCUGCUUGGGGUAUACAGCCCAACUCCGUCCUAGUUUUUGAGAUUGAAGUUCUGGGUGCAGAGUGACAACUCUCCAGGAACUUGGUAACUGUUGGUAAAACCACGUGGUUAUAUUCAGAAUAACUUGCUUGGCAAUGAACAUGUACCAAGAUUAUGACAUAGAGAUUGUCUGCCAACUUUAGGAGCAUGAUAUAAAUGUUAUGUUCCAGCUCUAGAUGCUUAUGUGAAGUUAAUACUGGGGUUGCUUAUGAUUAAUGCAUUUUCUCUUGGUCUUCUCCA